AUGGCCGCCCCGUGGCCCGGUGCACCGCCCGGCGCCGGACGGGCGGCAGAGCCCGCAGGCAGCGGCUCUCGCGGCGCGGUGCGCUGCCCCAGGCCGCCGCCCCGGGCUCCGAGCGGGGAGCCGCCGCCGCCGCCCCCCGACAGGAGAAAAAAGACAGACGGCAAGAUUUUGGAAAUCCCAUCAAUUCCAAAUCCUUUUCCUGAGCUAUGUUGUUCUCCAUUUGCAUCAGUUUUGUCAGCAAGUCUGUUGCCCAAGGCAACUUCAAGAACUAAACAGGUAAUUAAAGUGUACAGCGAAGAUGACAGUAGCAAAACUCUGGAAAUCCCGAGUGAUAUAACAGCCAGGGAUGUAUGUCAGCUGUUGAUAUUGAAGAACCACUAUAUUGAUGACCACAACUGGACACUGAUUGAAGAACUUACUCAUACAGGCUUAGAAAGAGCUAUAGAAGACCAUGAAUUAGUGAUGGAAGUCCAGUCAAGCUGGGGGAUGGAAGAGGAAAGCAAAUUUUAUUUUAGAAAAAAUUAUGUCAAAUAUGAAUUUUUUAAAAAUCCUGUGAGCUUUUUUCCUGAUCAUAUGAUAUCUUUUUCAAGUGAGACCAAUGCAGCUGUAAAACACUCUGGGAUAUUACAGAUGUUCCUAAGCUCCAGCACAUAUCCUGAGAUUCAUGGCUAUUUACAUGCAAAAGAGCAGGGAAAGAAAUCAUGGAAAAAAUUAUACUUUGUUUUGAGAAGAUCUGGCCUUUAUUUUUCCACUAAAGGUACAUCUAAGGAGCCAAGGCAUCUGCAGUUUUUCUGUGAAUUCAGCAAUAGUGAUAUAUACAUGUCUUUGACAGGCAAAAAGAUUUCUGGAGCACCAACAAGCUAUGGAUUCUGCUUUAAGCCUAACAAAUCAGGAGGAACCAGAGACCUGAAACAACUCUGUGCGGAUGAUGAACAAAGUAGGACCUGCUGGAUGACAGCAAUAAGGUUGUUUAAGUAUGGGAUGCAGCUGUAUCAGAAUUACACACAACCAUAUCAGGGUAGAAGUGGCUGCAGCCCUUUGAGUAUGACACCUAUGAGAAGUAUUUCUGAAAAUUCUUUAGUUGCAAUGGAUUUCUCAGGACACAGAAGCAGAAUUAUAGAAAAUCCAAUGGAAGCACUUUCAGUUGCAGUUGAAGAAGGAUUAGCCUGGCGGAGAAGAGGGUGCCUACGACUGAACUCACAUUGUAGUCCUAUUGCCAUGUCUAACAUGGCUAUUCACAGAUCUCAGUCAUGGUUUCAUCACAAAAUCUCUAGAGAUGAAGCUCAGAGACUUAUUUUACAGCAUGGGCUUGUAGAUGGGGUGUUCUUGGUACGUGAUAGCCAAAGUAAUCCCAGAACAUUUGUACUGUCAUUGAGUCAUGGAUUAAAAAUAAAGCAUUUUCAAAUUGUACCAUUGGAAGAUGAUGGGAAGCUGUUCUAUACCCUUGAUGAUGGUCAUACCAGAUUUACAGAUCUCAUCCAGCUAGUGGAAUUCUACCAACUUAAUAAAGGAGUGCUACCUUGCAAGUUAAAACACUAUUGUGCGCGAAUUCCUCUUUAACCAAAGCAUCUGUUGCUUCAUCAAAGGAAAGGGAAGAUACCAGAAUACUUUUUCUCCUCAAGGCAGUUUGUGUAGUCAGAAGGGUAAAAAUGUUACAUUUAAAGAUUCAAAGUUUUAGCUACCAAAAAGUGUAAAGUACAUUCAAUAUAGAUAAGAACUUUGUGAUUGUCAAAGCAAAAUAACUCCACGGUUUUAAAAUAUAUUAUUUCCUAUGUAAUUCUUUAGUGUUGUCUCAGACUUUUUUUCUUUU